AGAAUAAGACCAAAAAGCAUACACAAAUAAUUAAAAGAAAAAAAAAAAAAAAAAACAAUUUGAGGAUCUUAGUGGGAUGGUACAAUUUUGUCAAAACAAGCGCACUUUUCACAAUUUUACAAAUAAUUAAAUGAAACAAACCGACACAAAAGGGCUGCAAACAAACAACCUAAAACAUUCUUUCUUGCUUAAAGUACUGCCAUUUCUUUCCUUCCUUCCUUCUUUCUUUCUUUCUUUCUUUCUUUCUUUUGGGCAUGCAUAACAUUCUUCAAUAUAUGCAUCAUUAGCUUCACCAAAAAACCUUCACUUUUCCUUCCAAAUUACUGUUUUUCUCUCUCAAUCUUUUCUGGGUUUUUUCUCCUGCUUCCAAGAUUCUCAAAAAUGGAGGCCAUGAUGCAGUCCGGCAGCGGCAGCGGCGGCGGAGGCGGCGGUGGCGGUGGAGGCUUCAAGGCGAAGGGAAGGCCACAAGAGCAAUUGAACUGCCCAAGGUGCAAGUCGACCAACACCAAGUUCUGCUACUACAAUAACUACAGCCUCACACAGCCGAGGUAUUUUUGCAAAUCUUGCCGCCGGUAUUGGACCGAGGGCGGUUCUCUUAGGAACAUCCCUGUCGGAGGAGGCUCCCGGAAGAAUCGUAAACCGGCGGCUUCGGUUACUGGGUCGGCUUCGGCCAACCACGCGCCGCAGCCGGUAUACCAAGCCCAUGAUCUCAAUUUGGGUUUUCCGACGACGACGACGACGACGGCGGCGGCGGCAGCGGCGGCGGGGAUAGAAAACGGCGGGCACGGAGGAUUUGGAUUUUAUAUACCGAAUUUGAUGCCGUAUCCGGCCCGAGACACGGCGGUGGAAGAGAAUCCUGGUAGUAAUGGGUAUUGGAAUGGGAUGUUUAGUGGAGGGCCAUGGUAGAAACAUUCGAGAGAUCAGAAUUAUGAGCAGUAAUUUACACGUGACAUUAAAACAAAAAAACAAAAAAAAAAAAAAAACACUUCAGUAUAUGAAAUUGUUAAGCUGGGCUUUCUGAACUCUGAUUUAUAUUUCUCUGGUUUUCUUUUGUGAAUUUGGAUUGGGUUUGGCUUUGAUUCGUUUGAAGGUGUUGUACUAAAAAAAGCUAACAAACAAGUUUUUAUGUAUCAAUUUUCUGUUUUAUAUA